AUGUCUGAUGAAACAAAUCGAAGGCGAAUUCUGGCCAAAGAUAGUCCAACUGAAGAGGUUGAGCAAAUAAUCCGAGGGGCCGAUCUAGUACGUGAUGUGAACAUAGAUGUACUAGUCCAGAACAUCUCAGAUGCAACUUUAGAGCAGAUUGCCCAGGCCGAUUUAAGUCUUUAUGGAAUCAUUCAAGAUAUCUUAUCUCAUCGACACCAGCGCACCAUAGAAACAAUGGAAGCCCAAAUCGGACAGGAAGAGUUGGCAAGAGUACUGCAAAGUCCAAAAACAAAUAGGGAGAUUUACUUAGUUCUGCGCAAGAUUGAAGAAACCCAAAUAUCAUUAGCAGAUACUUUAUCAGUUGGCGCAACUAUUCGCAAAUAUGCCCCUAAGAAGAUAGAGACAGGACUUAUUAAGUGGUUUAAAAAGAUGGAUAUGGAGGAAUCGGAGCGAUGUAUUAUGAGUUAUUUAGAAAAGAGUCCCAAAGAAACCGGAUGGAUUCUUCCGGUUUAUCUAUCCGAAAGGACUUGGCGUGUAGGACCAGCCUGGACAAAAGCCCAAAAAAUAGUCAAGAAUCUAGCCAGUCACAACCAAACCGAAGAGUUAGUUUCGCUAGUUAAGCCCUUUUAUAUCUACAGCACCGACGAGCUUGAGACCGAAAUAGCCAAUGCACUAGGAUCAUCUGCCGCUGAGGUUCUCAAGGAAUGCCAAGCUAACAUAUGGAAAUAG